AACUGACGGGUGGGGCCUUGAAGAGAUCGUACGCCCUAACGACAUCAGAUGCAUAUGCCGAGGAUUCCUGCGAUGGUCUUCCCAUCAUCAAGAACGAGUCGAAUCUUCACAGUCCCGAUGACGGCAGCGUCCAGGGCGGCAGUGGCAGCUGCAGUAACAACGCUGCUGCUGCCAACAGCAACAACAUACUACCUCUCAAUUCCUCUCAUGCGUUCAACAGCAGCUCCCUGGUGCUGCUAGCAAAUGACAUAUCACAGCAGUCACCUUCCAUACUGGACGGCAUACUUCCUUCGGGUUUCAGUCAGAAAGACCUCAUUGAAAUUGUUCCAUCUGAUUCCGAUUUUAGCAAUUCGGCGACGGCCAGCAUCGUAAAUCAGUAUUUAGAACCAUCCAUGUAUGAGUCGAGUGAGGUGUCAACGACUUCAAAUAUACAGCAGUCUCCAACUGAAAUUGAUGUUAGAAUUGGAGAACCACAGACCAAGAGAAAAGCUCACGAACUGCACCAAACAGAUGACAGCAACGACGCAAAACAACUUCAUUUGAUCGUCGACUUGAUGCACGGAGAGAACAACAGCAGUAACAACAACAUGAACACGAACGACGCAUCACCCAGCGCCAUAAUCUGGUCGCAGCCGUUCACGAAUGCAUGCGUGCUAACGACAAACCAUCAGAUCCAGUCGAACGAUCCCAUCAUGAACUUCAAUCAGUUACAUCAGUUUCAAUCAGCAGAUGCUCUUCAGCAGGGUGAAAGCCUCCUAAUGAAUAUCACCAACGCCAACCAACUGAACAACAUCGAGUCAACCAAUAGCUACCUCCAACAGCAGUCAGGCCCUAUGGAAACCUGUCCAUCGGAUCUGAACAUAUCGGAUCUUAGUUCCAGUGAUAUAACCCAAUGCAUCCUCACAGAGCAACUCUUUUCUACCCUCAGCGGCCCUGAGAUUGAGACCUGUGUGGUGAACGAUCUGACUCAUCUGCAGAGAAAUAACACUCCACAGUCGAUGAUGACCAUGGGAAGUGGUCUGCCUCAAGAUGUCAAAAUGGACAACGUCACCUUUUCAUGCCUCUCUGGUAGCAGUCAGGAUUAUAACAUUCUAGAUGAACACCACAACAUACUGGCCGACCACGAUAUCAGUGGCAUCUUAAACGAUCAGCUGAGCGCAAGCGGUGCUGCUACGAAAGAUAACACAAUAACAUGCAAUCUACAGCAGAGUCUGUCCGAACUGAAAGAUUUAACAAUGCAGGUUGGAGUCUCCUCAACCUCGCACAAUGCCCAACAGCUGAACAGUCAACAGUUUGAGUUGAGUUCGCAAGCACUGCAGCACACCAGCCAUCAGCAGAAUGCCAUGAUGACUGAUUCAGUUGCUGGCGAGAACGUCUCACAGAUCAUAACAGCCGUCUUUCCAACGUCGAGUGAGGCAUUCAUUUUUCAGAAGUUAUCAUCUGAAAAUUGUCAGAACAUUAGGAGUGCCCCAUCAGCUUUGCAGCGCAUAGACGAUUCGCAGCAACUCAUCCUCGAAAGCAGUCUUCUGAUGUCCCACGCCACUCAAUCGUUACCUCAGUCGGCUGAUCAAAUUAGGAUUGGCACAACAUUUGACAGCAGCGAGCCAACAAUGUUGUUGAUGAACCAGCAACAACUCAACAACCACCUCGUUCCUGGUGCGACGGUUGUACUCAACAACAACAACUACACAAUCAUCGACAGCAAUGCUAGCAAUGCAAACAUCAUGCUGAAUCAAGGAUCGUGCAGUUUCAACGUCUUCACCGAGCCAAUCCUAAUACAACAGUCACAAGCCAAUGAAGUUAAUAACAUCUUUCAACAAACACAAGCGAGUGAUGUUGGCAACAUGUUCCAACAACCAAGUGCUGAGAACCAAUCUUUAUUCCAAGAUCCAGUGCACAUGUUACAACAUUCUACAAACAGUGAACAUUCGCCUGCCAUUUCGGCACCAAACAUGUUGUCAUCACAUCAGCAGCAGCAACAGCAGCAACAACAAUUACAGCAACAACAACAACAGUUACAACAACAGCAACAACAAUUACAUCAACAACAACAGCAGCAGCAGCAAAGUCUGAUGAACCACACAGAUCAGAAAACCAUCCUCUAUCAAUUACUGACUGAUAGUUUUGGUAGCCCAAGCGGUGAUGACAACGACAUGCUAAGUAGUAAUACAUCCCUACCUGCUCUAAGCGCUGACGAUGUGAAUAGAGUUUUGAAUAUGACGUCAUCUUCCUCCUCCGGCCAUGAGGCCCACUGACGAAGUUGUAGUACCUGCCUGACUGACCAUGUACAUGUUGCUACACUACGGUGGACAUGCAUUGUUCAUUAUGUUGAAAGAAAUAUGGACAAGAAUACUACUUACAAUUCUUCAAAUAGUUUUUAAUAAAAGACUGUCUCAUUACAAUGUUUAUAAGUGUAUAUAUAUAUAUAUAUAUAUAUAUAUAUAUAUAUAUAUAUAUAUAUAGAUAUAUAUAGAUAUAUAUAUAUAUGUAUAUAUAACGUUUAUAUCGAUAUAUCAUUCAUCUGAUAUAAUGUAUCCUCUGCAUAUAAAUAUCAAAUUGAUUGAUUGAUUGGCUUAUAAUUGAUUCAUUUACAGAUUGAUUGAGUAAACGAAUGAAUAAAUGAAUGAAUGAUUAAUUGGAUGAAUGUAUGAAUGAAUGAAUAUCGAUUAUUUGAAUGAAUGAUUAAUUGAAUGAAUGAGCGAAUGAUUGAUUCUCUAGAUAGAUAGAAAAGUAUAGUUGUGUAUAAAGUUAACUGCACCAAAAACAUGUGACAUCACGUGCACUUCACAUAGAAAUUAAUUAUUAUGGACCGCUAAUUUUUUAAAAAUAUUUUCUUUUGUAAGGUUGACAAUUAUUUUUUUAUUGUAUCACGUGUUAUAUCAUCUUAAAAGUCUUCAAAUAAUAAUAAUAACUAUUAUUAUAAUUGUUAUUGCUUUUAUUAUUAUCAUUAUUCAGUGUUUUUUAAUCAGUUUGGUUUUAUUCGUUGAUUUUUGGUUAUUAAAAUUAUUCCAAAAAAAUUAUGUUUAUAUAACAUAAUUUUUAAAGACUAUCAUUGUUCGUUCGACAAGGGUAUACUUUGAGAUACAUGUAGAUAUAGAUCAGGGGUGGGCAAUUUUUUUGCUGUGAGGGCCGCAUUGAGAACUACUUUACCUUUGAAGGGCCGCAUAUGUACUUAAAUAGCGAAUGUUUUCGACCCGGGAGAGGGGUUAGAAUUUUUUUUUAUGAUUUUUGGUUCCAUUUUUGGUCAUAAUGUCUGGCUGACGACCUUUCUUAGUUUGCCCACCCUUGAUAUAGAUGAAUGAAUAAACGAACGAAUGAAUGAAUGAAGGCAUGAAUGAAUGAAUGCAUAUGAAUGAAUGAAGGCAUGAAUAAAUGAAUGCAUGAAUAAAUACUUUUUUGCUGGCAUCUGUUACUAACUAGAAUUUUGAGUUUGAUAAUCAUAAAAAAUUACACUGUAAAUUACAAUGAAAUUAUUUUUGGCGCGUUGAUAUUUAAAUUAAUUUUCUUCGUGUACUUUUCUGAUUUACCCAAAUUUUUCCAUAGCGAUUUCACUUUUGGAUGUAAAGUCUUCACAUGUGUUGUAUUUAAAUGUAACAAAUAUUAUUAAUCUGAUGAUCUUUUACUACUACUACUGCUACUACUAUUACUACUACUAUUGCUACUACUACUAUUGCUACUACUACUACUGCUACUGCUUCUGCUGCUACUAUUGCUGCUGCUGCUACUACGACUACUUUCAUUGCUACUUACUACUGCUCAGACAGUUUCUCUGUUACUUUCUUUCAUGAUGAUCAUUUACAUUUUAAUUUUUGUAAAUUAAAAACUUCGGAAGAGUUUAAUCUGCAUUAAAAUGGAUUUUUGUAUAAUGUUAUUAAAUGAAUUAAUAACAAUAUCAAUGAAAGGCAAUAUAUAUUUAUCGUGUUAUUAUUUCAAUUUUUAGUAAUCCCACAUUUUAUAUAUAGUAAUACUUUCAGUAUUUAUAAUUAUUAUAUUAUUAUUUUAUUAUUAAUCAUAAUUAUUAUUGUUAUAUUGAUAAGUAAUAAACUUAUGCUCACUUUGAUCUAGCCAAUAUCGUAAACAUAGUCAAUAUAUUAUCAUUAU